GAAUAAAUACCGCCCUCUUCCUUUUUUUUCCUUCUUCUUCAUAUUGUUUUUGUUUAGUCCAUUCAUCCCCAACUCUCUAAUGUUUACCUUAAUCAAACACUCUGCUAGAGCAGUGCCUCAUACUACCUUCACAAGACCUUUAGCAUGUUCAUCCAUCUCGCGUCGUUCAUUAGCCUCCGAAACGCCUUCCAAAAGACCGUAAGUUUUUCUUUUUUUCUAAUAAAACGAGCUCUUUGGUGUGUGGAGGUGUUGACCGAUUUCUUUCCAAAUAGACCAACGGCUGUAUUGUUGACCAAUAUGGGUGGACCAAAAACUUUGGACGACGUUUACAACUUUCUUCACAAUCUAUUCUCGGACAGAGAUCUAAUGCAAUUACCUUUUCAAACUUGGGCUGCUAAAUACAUUGCCAAUAGACGUACACCUCAAAUCAAGGAACAGUAUCAAGCGAUUGGUGGCGGAUCGCCCAUUCUGUCCUGGACACGUAAACAAGGUGAAGCCAUGGAGAAGCUUCUUGACGAAAUCUCUCCCGAAACAGCCCCCCAUAAACACUAUAUUGCCUUCCGUUAUGUUGAACCGUACACCAACACAGCUUUAAAAGCCAUGAAGGAAGAUCGCGUGAAACGUGCUAUUGUGUUUACCCAAUACCCUCAAUACUCUUGCUCUACCACCGGAAGCAGUUUAAAUGAACUUCAUCGCGGUAUCAAGGAAUUGGAUAUGGAAAAUGAUAUCCAUUGGAGUAUCAUUGAUCGCUGGAAUACACAUCCUGGCUUUAUUGAAGCCACCGCCAGAAAGAUCGAAGCUAAAUUAGCAGAAUACUCUCCUGAGGAACGUAAGGACGCCGUCAUCAUGUUUUCCGCUCAUUCUUUACCCAUGAGUGUUGUGAAUCGUGGCGAUCGUUACCCAGCCGAGGUUGCCGCUACCGUCGACCACGUGAUGAAACGAUUAAACAGCGCUUAUCCUUACCGUCUCUGUUGGCAAUCUCAAGUAGGUCCCAGUGCUUGGCUAGGUCCACAAACGGGUGAUGCUGUCAAGGGAUUUGCAAAGGCAGGUAAAAAAAAUGUAGUGGUGGUGCCUAUUGCGUUUACGAGUGAUCAUAUCGAAACCUUGUUUGAAUUGGAUCAAGAGUAUGCCGAGGAGGCCAAAGAGGUUGGUUUAACUGGUUGGAAACGUGUGGAUGCCUUGAACGAUGAUAAGACCUUUACAGAUGCCAUGGCUCAUAUCGUUAAAGAGCAUAUAGAAAAGAAUGAAACCGUUAGCAAGCAAUGGUUACUUAGAUGUCCUAGCUGUACUUUUGAGACCUGUGGUCAUUCUCGUGAAUUCUUUACCCAUCAAAAAAUAUAAAAGAAAAGGAAAUAAAGAAUUUAUUGUAUAUAUUAAUAAUAAUAAAAAAAAAAAGAUCUGUUUAUUAUA